AUGGUGGACAGCUCGCUCGAAGAGCGAUUGCGUGAACACGCCGAGGCCUUUGAUGGUUUGCUGUCACUUAUACCAGCAAAGCAUUAUUACGGCGAAGACAAUAGUGACCAAUGGAAGAAAAAGAAGCAAACUAAAGAGCAAGCCGCCGCAGCCAGACGAGCCAAGCUUGACCCAGAUUCGGCCAAAAGCGCAAAAGACAUUAUGGAUGAACGCGCCAGGAAGCGAAAGCUGGAGGAAAUGGACCAGGGGUCGGAUAUCGAGGGGGUCGAAAAAGAGCAACCCAGACAAGGCCUGAAGAAACCACAAGAGGGCAAAACUAAGAAGCAGAAGGUGACGCCAACGCCAGGAGAGAACGGAGGUGCGGAGGCUACCGAAUCGAAGAAAUCAGAAAAGUCACGCAUUAAGCAAGACCGGAAGAAGGAGAAGAAAUCAAAAAAGUCAGAACAGAAGAAAGAGCAAAAGCAGGGAAAGGACAAGGAGCAAACCGAACAAAGCACUCCCAAAGUAAUUGAAUCAACUGGUAAACAGGACAAGACGGAGGCCGAAGCAGAAUCGAUCGAGGAGGAUGCUGAGCCCGUCGAUGAGGAGAUGUCUGAAGACGAAAUUGGAGAAUUUCAAGCCGACGGUCUCGAAGAGAAGCCCGAAACCCAGGCCCCCUCUAGGUCACCAAGUAUAUCGCCACCCUCACCCACCUUCGACAACUCCGCACAACCUACAGAUCCUAGCACCAAUACCUCCAAUACAUCUACAUCAUCCGACGUCCCCCCCGCAACCGCACCAAAACACAUCAAACUCCCUACAGAUCCAGAAUUGCUCCGAGCAAGAUUAACUGCACGAAUAGAAGCUCUGCGGGCAGCCCGCAAAGCUGACGGCCCAGAUGGAGCACCGGCACGGAAUCGGCAAGAACUGAUGGAAGCACGAAGGAAGAAAGAAGAACAGCGCCGGGCACAUAAAAAGGAGCUCCGGCUUAAGGCCAAGGCAGAGGAAGAUGCCCGUCGUGAAGCCGCUCUCGCAUCGUCGCGCAACUCUCCUUCAUCUAGCAUGAUGAGCCCCUCUAUCCACUCUCCACCUCAUAACUUCUCCUUUGGACGUGUAGCUUUCUCUGAUGGACAACAACUCGCUGGUGACUUGUCCGCAGCACUAAGUGCCCCAAAGCUGAAAGGCCCUCAAGACCCAGCUACUGCCCUACUAGCUACCGAGAAUAAACGCCAACGGUUAGCAGGACUGGACGAGGGGAAGCGCGCAGAUAUCGAGGAGAAGGACUUAUGGCUCAACGCAAAGAAACGAGCACAUGGCGAGAAAGUCCGAGAUGAUACCUCGUUACUGAAGAAGACCUUGAAGCGAAAAGAGAAAUCGAAGAAGAAGAGCGAGAAAGAGUGGACGGAGCGGAAAGAGGGCGUGGCCAAGAGCCAGGCGAUGAAGCAGAAGAAGAGAGAGGCGAAUUUGAAGAAGCGACGUGAUGAAAAAGGUACCAAAGGGAAGGGAAAGUCCGCGGGAAAGAAGACCAAGGUUAAGAGUAGACCUGGCUUCGAGGGGAGUUUCGGAUCUGGCAAGCGCAAGUGA